AGACAUAUCUCUUUAUUGGCCUCGGGAUGCUGGUUCAACUCAUAGCAAUCUCCGUAAUAUACGCCACAUCGCCAACCCUCCAGGGCCACUACGAUCCAUCCCUCACCCACGCCCAAGGCCAAGCGAAAUGCCGCAAGGGGCUCGAAUGGAUCCCCUCCGCCAUCUGGCAACUUUGGUGGUCCUGCCUCUACGGCCCCUACCUCCUAUACCGCAUCCGCCACAUAUCCGAUGUCCACUGCUGGCGGCCCCAAAUUGCCUGCUCCGUCAUUGCCGGCUUCCCGGGCUCCCCCUUAUGGCUCGCUUCCCUGCACUCCCCAGCCUUUGCGCACAUAAACAGGCGCUGGGGACCCCCUCUAUGGCUCGCGCCCGGCAUCAUCGUUACACAGUCCGCUACCCUCUUCUUCCCCAUAUACGCCGCCUGGCGCGCGCGGUGCGAGCUUCUCGCAACCCUCGCAGCACUCAAAGCGUGGGACGAAAAACGCAGCCGCAACAGCACGUCCGGCAGCAGCAACGAUAACUCCAGCUGCACCCUCACCACCACCGACGACGUCUGGCACAAGUCCCACUUCCACAACAAAUCGAGCUUUAAAUCCGUGUCUACAGCUACAGUCGCACCGCGGACCCCAGUGAGCAGAGAGCUGCAAACUAUGGCCGCGCUCACCAAAGCCCUCGAACUCAACCCCGCGCCCCUCCUCCACUUCGCCGCGACCGCCGACUUCACCGCCGAGAACGUCGUCUUCCUAAUCCAAGUCCGCGACUUCAAACUCGCCUGGACAAAAGCCACCUCCACUCCCGCGAGCGCCACCUCCACCAACUCGAUGCCAAGGCUAUUCGCCGCCGCGCUGAGCAUCUACCGCUCCUCGAUCGACCCUGCGACGUCUGAGUUCCCCAUCAACAUCUCCAGCGCCGUCGCCGCGGCCCUGCGCGCCGUCUUCGGCGAGUUCGUGCCCUACCGCGACGAGUCGAUUGUGGAUUCCUUCAAGGACAAGGACGCGCGCGCGCACGACCAGAGCGCGUUCUCGGCGCAGUCGCGGAUGCGGGCGAUGGGCGGGCGGAAGGGGCCGCCGUUGUUUGCGGCGUCGGCUGCGACGUUUGAGAUGGAUGUUACCGAGUCUGUGGGGGAUGAGGAGAGGGGCAUUUUGGGGUUUGAGCCGGCGCCGUGCGUGAGGCCGACGUGGUCGCUGGAGACUGGGGGUGCCGUGGAGGGAUUUGGGGUGGGUGUGUUUGAUGAGGCGGAGGCGAGUAUACGGUAUUUGGUUUUGACGAAUACGUGGCAGAAGUUUGUGAGGGAGGGGUUGGUGGUUGGAGUAUAGGGCGUGAGGGAUGAAGGGGUUUUGGGUGUAAUUGGUGUUUCGGUAUUCUUUAGGGGUAAAAUAGGAGGUAUGCAAUUUAGGAAGCGAAGGAGGGAUACCUCACGAGCUAAGUUAUGUAAUUUAUAGUGUGUAAGAGACGGGACGGGGGUUAAGGAUAUUUAUAAUAUUGCCUAUAAAAGCUAUUUAGAUAUUAAUAA